AUGAUUAACGACACUGGAACAUACGAGUGUCGCAUCUUCAGGAAAGGAACAAACCAUAAGAGGAGAGCUGUACAGCCCAUCAGCACCAUAUACCUGAGUGUUGUUCCUCCAGGACUUCAGCAGGAUAUUCACCAACAUCCAUCUUUUCAUGGCCGAGUGAAGCUGAGGGACCCGGAGAUGAAGGAUGGAGACGUUUCUCUGAUCCUGAAGAAUGUCGUAUUUAAUGACGCUGAGAUGUAUAAGCGUCACGUAGCAGUGAGGAACUCCGGGAGAAGUAAAAGAGUUCACACUGAGAUAAGUCACUUCAUUGGCCUCACAGUCACAGGAUUAAACUGGGAUGUUCUGUUCUCGGCAAAUCUCACCAUCCCUUGGAUAUUUAGCGGACUGAAGAGUCGGACCAUCAGAACAAUGUGGAGGAAACGGCUGCUGGGACAUUGGAGCGUCUCUGCUGGACUUAUAGUCUGUGUCUGCAGGAGGCAGCAUUUUAAAGCAAAGAGGGACCAGCGACUGGACAUCAAACACAUCAUCACAGAUGUGUGUUCAGCUCUGCAGCAGGAUGUGCAGGUGAAGCUUGGAGAGGACGUCACUCUCCAGUGUCAGAUUACCACAGAUGAAAGAAUCUCAGUGCUGAAGUGGAGCAGAGCUGACCUGAACACAGACGGCUACGUCUACUUCUACAGGAACAAACGCUCCUAUGAAAACUACCAACAUCCAUCUUUUCAUGGCCGAGUGAAGCUGAGGGACCCAGAGAUGAAGGAUGGAGACGUUUCUCUGAUCCUGAACAACGUCACGUUUAAUGACACUGGGAUGUAUGAGUGUCACAUAGCAGUGAGGAAGUCUGUGAGAAGUAAAAGAGUUCACACUGAGAUCAGUCACUUCAUCAACCUCACAGUCACAGACCAGAAAAACAUCACAGCUGAGUCUGGGCAGAACAUCUCGCUGCCAUGUGGAGCUCCAACUAAUAAUAAUCAGAUCUUGGCUGUUCAGUGGAGCAGAGCUGACCUGAAGCAAGAAUAUGUGCUUUUGUACAGAGAUGAGGUUUUUGUUCCAGACAACCAGCAUCCAGCUUUUGAGAACCAGGUGGAUCUGCAGGACAGACAGAUGAAGGAUGGAGACGUCUUUGAUUCUGAAGGAUGUGACGAUUAAUGAUUCUGGAACAUACGAGUGUCGCGUCUUCAGGAGAGGAACAAACCACAGGAUGAGCACCAUCAGCCUGAGUGUUGUUCCUCCAUGUGAGUCAUUAAAGGCAGAUGGAGAGGAGACAGGUGGAGUCAGCAGAGGACGCUUUGGACUGGUAGCUGCUCUGUCUGCUUUUGUUGUGAUCAUCACUGUGAUAGUUGUGAUCUCCAAGAAACAGAAGAUGAAGAAUACUCCCACUUCCUCCCCAUCUUGAGGAACUAGCUUAUAUGGCUCUGGUCUGAAACAGAAAACUGAGAACUUUUCUUUG